CCUCAAUGGACAUAAACCGAAACUAACAUAUACGUAAAUAGAACGGCACAAACCGUGAUCGGCAAUGAUCGGUUGCGUUGCUGGACGGAUUUUUCCGCAAGCUUCGUCACUUAAAUUCGCCACCAGUUUUCAUGGUACACAUCUGGUAGUUUAACAUCUAUCCGCUUGUUUUUCCUGAAUCAAAAUUACACCCCAUAACCUCCGGUCCUAGCUCAAUUAUGUUCGGAAGCCUCGAGUGACGCGAUUUUGUGUUAUUUAUUUAUUCAUUUACUGGUACCUAUGUAGAACUUAUAGCUACUUACGAAUUGCAGUAAUAGUUUUUGGACUUGCUUAGCGACGAAUAUUCUUUACGUUACGAACUGAUCAUCCAUCAGAGCCAUGGGAGGAGGAGAUCUGAACCUGAAAAAGUCAUGGCAUCCAUCGACAAUGAAGAAUAUGGAAAAAGUAUGGAAGGCGGAACAACAGGACAAUCAGGAGAAAAAACGGAUAGCCGAAUUGAAGCGAGAAAUCGAGAUGGAAAAGGAUAAAGAGGAUAUGACCAAGUACGCGAUGGAACAAGGAGUCAUAGAAAAAAAGGAGGAUAAAAAAUUAGACUGGAUGUAUCAGGGACCAAAUCAAAUGUUGAAUCGUGAAGAUUACCUCUUAGGGCGAGCCAUCGAUAAACCAUUUGAGCAAAUGGCACAGGCUGAAAAAGAAACAGAACAAAACAGAGCACCCAAAAAUCAUGUAGAAUAUGAAUGUAUACCCCCAUCUUUACGGUAUUUCUCUGGCAAUGAACAAGUAGAUUUAGCAAGAAAGUUGCAAGAGGAUCCUCUUUAUGCCAUUAAGAAAAAAGAAAUGGAAACUCGCAGUCAGCUUCUGAAGAAUCCGGUAAAAUUGAGACAGCUCAAACAACUGUUGGAAGAGCGUGCGAAAAAAAGUAAAGUUGAAAAGAAGCAUAAGAAAAAGAAAAGUAAAAAGAAAAGCAAACAGGAUACAAAUGACAGUAACAGUGAUGAAGAUUUAGACAACUUACUUACUGCAAAGUACAACAAGCUGAAGGGUAAAAUCAGUGAAAAAGAUCUUUUGAUGUCUAUGAAAAAACUCAAAAAAGAAAAAACAAAAAAGCAGAUGAAGAAGAAAGCAAAAGAUACUGCAAGUUCUAGCAGUUCGUCCGAUUCGGAGGAAGCCGAUGACAGUGAUGAAACUGAAAGCAAAAUCAGAAAACGGGCUGAAGCGAAACGCAGAAGGAGACAUAGUGAAAAUGAAGAAGAUCGAUCCAACCAUCGAUAUCAUAGGACUGGCACUGCAAGCAGUGAUACAAAAAAGGGGUACGAUCGAGCGGAUCGAAGUCACAGAAAUUUUAACGAGGAUGAAGAUCGGCUUCAAAAUAAAUCGCGUAAGAGGGAUCGCGGCACAAGUUCAAGGGAUACUGGGAAAAAGUCAAGCAACUCUGUUAAAACUGAGGUAGAGGAAAGUAACAGCGAUGACCGAGAAAAAUGGAAAACUUCCAAGGGCAAUUAUGGUCUCAUUAGAUCUGAUGGUACUAAACUUUUGCCAUCUGCAAAAUCUAGUCAUUUGGAUCAGACGAAACCUCGGGAUAAAAAAGUGGAGGAGAAACGAUGGGUACCACCUAAACGAGAGAGGCUUACAGAGGACGAGAAGGAAAAACGAAGACAAGAAAUGAUGGUGAACGCAUCAUGGAGGGACAAAGAAAGGGAACAAAAUGUGAGAAGAUAUCGUGACGAAGAAAAACGAGAAGUAACGGAUAGGACUUACAACAAAGAAUUUAUAAGAAAACAACUAGCUGUAGCUGCUGAAGUAGGAACCGUUGAGUCGAGGAUCAAAGCAAAUAUGAAUAACAUUCAACGGUCGAGACGUGCCAUGGACACUAACUUUGCAAAAAGAUAGUUUUUAGAGAAAGAUUAUCGAAAUAAAUUUUUUAUUAAUAAUAA